AUGGCUCCCAAAGACAAGGACGCAGCCCCUGCAGGACCCCUCGAGUUGACCCCACCACCAUCUUUCUUCGCAUCCAGGAACGCCCUCUUCGACAAGAGGAAAGCCGAGCGAGAGGAGUGGGUGGCGAAGCAGCCGCGUGAGGACAUCGAAAUCACAUUAGCCAAUGGCUCAUCGAAGCAGGGCAAAAGCUGGGAGAUCACACCCGCGGGAAUCGCACGUGAGAUUUCGAAAUCCUUAUUCGAACGCACAGUAAUUGCACAGGUGGAUGGCGAGCUAUGGGAUCUUGAGCGGCCGCUUGAGAAGAGCUGCAAGCUCGAGUUGCUGGACUUUGAGCAUCCCGAGGGCAAGAAGGUUUUCUGGCAUAGUAGUGCACAUAUCCUCGGCGAGGCAGCGGAGAGGAGAUGGGGUUGCGCAUUGUGUAUUGGGCCGCCCGUCGAAGAUGGGUUCUAUUACGAGAUGGCGCUUCCCGAGCAAGCUGCGGUUACUGCGGCGGACUACAAGCCUCUGAAGCAGAUCGCCGAGAAGGCAAUCAAGGAGAAGCAGCCGUUCGAACGACUCGAGAUCAGCAAGGAGGAUUUGCUGGAGAUGUUUGCGUACAAUAAGUACAAGCAGCAUAUCAUCAAGGAUAAGAUUGCGGACGGCACUUCCACGACUGUGUAUAGGUGUGGUCCACUCAUCGAUCUGUGCAGGGGGCCACACGUACCAAAUACUGGUCGAAUAAAGGCCUUUGAGGUCAUGAAGAACUCUGCCAGCUACUUCCUUGGUGAUGCGAAGAACGACAGUCUGCAGCGUAUCUACGGUGUCUCAUUCCCGGACAAGAAGUCACUCGACGAGCACAAGCACAUGCUCGAAGAAGCCGCGAAACGCGAUCAUCGCAAGAUCGGCCAAGAGCAAGAACUCUUCUUCUUCCACGAGAUGUCCCCUGGUUCGGCGUUCUUCUUGCCACGCGGUAUGGUCAUCUAUAACGCACUAAUGGCCAACCUGCGACAAGAGUACUGGAAGCGCGAGUAUCAAGAAGUACAAUCACCAAACAUGUACAACUCCUCUCUGUGGAAACAGUCUGGUCACUGGCAGCACUACAAGGACGACAUGUUCACCUUUGACGUCGAGAAGGAAGCGUGGGCGCUGAAGCCAAUGAAUUGUCCAGGCCAUGCCCUGCUUUUCGGUCACCGUGAGCGCAGCUACCGCGAGUUACCCAUACGUAUGGCUGAGUUCGGCGUUCUGCAUCGAAAUGAGGCAUCUGGAGCACUUACUGGUAUGACUCGCGUACGUCGUUUCGUGCAGGACGACACCCACAUAUUUUGCAUGGAGAGUCAGAUCGAGCAGGAAAUCAAGGGUCUCUUCGACCUGCUGAAGUCUACAUACGGACUCUUCGGCUUUACUUUCCGUAUGAAGCUAUCUACUAUGCCAGAGAACCAUCUUGGUGACGAGGCUACCUGGAGAAGAGCGGAAGAAUCCCUUACCAAGGCGCUGGAUGAGUUCAAGGAGCAGACCGGCACAAAGUGGGAGCUCAAUCCUGGCGACGGUGCCUUUUACGGGCCAAAGAUCGAUGUUACAAUCUCUGAUGCGCUGAGGCGUGAGUUCCAAUGCGCCACGAUCCAGCUCGACUUCCAGCUACCGCAACAAUUCAACCUCGAGUUUCGGACAGAAGAGCAAGCUGGUCCACGGGAGCAAGUCAAUGGCGAGACAGCAGCAGACAAGCCCAAAGCCGCGGACGGUACAUCAGAAGCGGAACAAAAAGACAAGCUCGUUAUCCGUAGCGCACCUCCCGCUGAACCAGAUUCAAGCGCGGUCAAAAAGGACGAAGACAAAUUCCGGCGCGAACUUACACCCGGGUGUGCCCGCCCGGUCAUGAUCCACCGCGCCAUCUACGGCAGUUUCGAACGCUUCAUCGCCAUCCUCUGCGAGCACUUCGGCGGUAAGUGGCCCUUCUGGCUCUCGCCUCGUCAAAUUCUCAUCGUGCCCGUCAUGGUCUCGGCCAACGACUACGUGCUCGAACUUCAGGCCUUGUUCCGAGCGGAACGCAUGCACGCGGAUAUUGAUAUUACGGGCAAUACUUUGCAGAAGAAGAUCCGCACUGGGCAGCUGCAACAGUACAACUUCAUUUUUGUGGUAGGCGCGCAGGAGAAGGAGAAGAGGAGUGUCAACAUUAGAAACCGGGAUGAUCCUGAGACGCAGAAGUUGGGAGAGUUGAUCCCGGUUGAUGAGGCGAUUAGGAAGCUGGGGGCGUUGAGGGACAGGAGGCUGUUGAGUAGUAGUUUGUCUGAGCUUUGA